AUGGCUAUGUCACGCACCCAGAGAGAAUGUACUUUAGUGUGUGGGAUGGCGUUUCAAGCCCUGGAUUCGUUGGUAUUUCAGAUGACCUCUGGUUUAGCCCUCGGCUUUGUAUCUUCGGCCUCACCCUGGCACUUGACAUCCAACCUUUUCCCGGACAAAAUUGGCGGCAGGCCUGCAUGGCUUGCUCUGCAACAUUUGCCUUCCCCAUCACAACUCGCUUGCCCGAUUUGUGCCACUCCGAUGCCAUUUCUUCUACAGGUCUACUCGACGAUUGACGAGAGAACUGACUGCUUUCAUCGUUCACUCUUCCUGUUUAUGUGUCGGAAUGGACCGUGUCACAAGCAGACUGAAAUUGGCGUUCCGUUUGCUGUUUUCCGAUCGCAACUUGGUCGUCAGAAUCCUUAUUACAGCUUUCAGCCACCUGAAACGGAAUACCCUUCAUUGGAUACCGUACAGGCACUGAUCAAGGCUGGUAGCUUUCCUUGUGCCGAGCGGUAUAAUCAUAUAUGUCCCGUUUGUGGAUGUAAGGCUGACAAGCUGUGUUCUCGGUGCAAACGUAUAAAGUAUUGCUCCAAACACCAUCAGCUGAUGCAUUGGAAGUCGUAUCACAAAAUUGACUGCUCUUCCAAGGCUCCCGAGGCACAGCAGGAACCUCGGUUCGAUGGAAAUGACUUUCUCCUUCCUGAGUUCAGAGUGUGCUCUGAACCAGCUGAUGAGCCGGCUGCUGUGGUGCAGGAUUCUGAAGACAGUGAGUCAGAUGUGUCGAGCGACCAGGGGGACGAAGAGUUCAAAGAACUGGAAUCUGUAGCUAAACGUGAAACAAAAGCCGAAGCUCGGUUUCGAAAGUUCAAAGACUUGAUGAGUUCGGAGCCAGAUCAAGUGAUCCGGCUAGAACGUGGGGGUACUCCUUUUUGGUUAUCCGAAACUCCACCAGAUAUACCGAACUGUGAAGCAUGUGGUGCGAAGCGCGUGUUCGAAUUCCAGGUAACUCCUCAAAUACUGAACUAUUUGAAGCUGGAUCGCCUGGGUGAAGCCUGUCCCGAUUUUGGCUCUUUGUAUGUGUUUACUUGUUCCGAAUCCUGUCCGCUUCCUCGCAUCCAGUUGGUGUCUGCCGAGGAAGUUUGUGAGAGUGCAUCGACCUCCGUGACAGUCGAGUAUCAGUCUGAAGUGGUUGUUUCUGUAGCACCCUGUCGGUGCCUAACUCCCAUGCCACCCGAAGGAAGCACGAGGGCUGAGAUAUUGCCAUUUUACUCCAACCUAGAGAGAAGUCGAGAGGCAGAGGUCGGGUUCGAACCACGGACCUUCCGUUCAUGUAAUUUACUUCACGACCUAAGCCCCUCUCCACGUUACGAUCAAACAAGUUUUCCUACUGGGGCACCGAUUAAUUGGCAAACCAAUUCAAGGCGUAGACGAUGUGGACUGUGUUAG